UUUCGUUGCUUUAAUAAAGGUUGCAAAGGGAUCGCAGCGCCUGUGGACGCCAAAAAAAAGGAAGAAACAGACAUCAAUCCAGAACUAUAUUUCAGCAGCAUCGCGGUUUCUUUUAUUAAGAGAGUUUGGUAGGAGGUUUGCGUGGGGCGUGUGUGUGUGGUCUAUCAGGAUCUGAAUUAUUUCGGUCGCAGGGCUUUCGAAGGGAAUUGGGUGAAAAUAAAAAAGGAACUGGAAUAUGGCAGGAUGAGCUGUGCCAUGUUCUUACUUGGCUUUUAGCUUUUAACCGUUUCUAGUGCUUGCCAGUGCAAAGCGGCUCCUGGCCGGAGCCUGGAUGCAGCAGCCGGAUCGCUGCUGUGGUCUAUUGUAUCAAGGUAGUUUCUAUUCCUGAGAGGGUCAGUAUGAAUUACAGAGAAAUUACGCAUCCAGUUGGCUGCAGUAACACUGGCUGCUGUGAGCCGGAGAAGGAGGUGACAUUCAGUGCUGAUGACGUGAGCAGCAAUGACCACUUUGACUUGUGUUCUUCCCAACCGGACAAACUUUAUGGAAACAGCUAUAAGCCGAUGAGCUGCGUAAAACAAGAAUCGCUGGAGGAGCCAAAUUCACAAAUGGGUGUUGGAAGAAAUGCAGAAGCUCAGAAUGACCUGAAAAGAAGGAAAAACAUUUUUCGAGCAGGGAAACGAGGACGGCCAUCAGGGACGACCAAAGCUGCUGGGUACAGAACCAGUACCGGCCGACCUUUGGGAACAACAAAGGCAGCGGGUUUCAAGACCAGCCCAGGCAGACCUUUAGGAACUACCAAGGCAGCGGGAUACCGGGUCAGCCCAGGAAGGCCCCCAGGUACCAUGAAAACACUCUCCCGUAUUUCAGGUCUCGAUUUCCCGCCAUGUAGCAGUGCUGCCUUUAGCUAUUCAAUGGUACACAGCAAAACAUUAAGUGGACCCACUGAAACCACAAAUAGAAGCAUGGAACUGAAUCAGUAGAGAUCAGUAAAACAUCUGCCUUGUUUUUCUAUAAUCUGCUCCUUGAUAAAGUAGGGUAACUUUUUAUACAACAUAUCGAUCUGCAAACCCAUAUAAUUGGUUUCCCAGCACACUGUUAAACAGCGUGGAGGAUAUGUAAUGUCCCGAGAUAAACUCACCUGUGGACCAUUGUAUUUAACAUUGUAACUAAUGGGCAUAAUGUAUUUUUAUUUUAUGGUGAAAUGUAUGGUAUUACUUACAGUUACAGUAUCUUUUUUGUUUGGAAGAACUAUUAUCCAUUACGGUCCAGUUUUGCACAUAAUUUCCUUUUCCUUCAGUACAUGCUGUCUUAGAUUACUGAGGGUAUUUGUCCCACAGUUCGAUGCAGUUAAAAGUCUAUAUGGGUUUAACUGAUCUUUUUCGAUCUGUUGUAUGUAGAACUGCCAUGGCAACCCCACUAACUUUAUUAUUGUUUAUUGAGUAAUAAUUAUUUAACAUUGAUUAGAAAAAAUUAUUACAGGAAAUAGAGAGAUUAUUAUUUUGGUGUGUGUGUGUGUAGACUUGAUAUGUUGUCUGUCAUGCUGCAUUGGAGCUGCUAGAGUAUUUUGAGUGUAUGUAUACGUUUGUUUUUACUCCUCUUUGAAUUCUUUUAGCUACCUUUUGUUAUUAUUGCCAUGGGCAAUAUUGAGACAGGGUUAGGUAUUGGUUGUGCAAGAUGACUUGACAGGCUGAAGUUCAUCCUGAGAAUAGUGGUCAACUGUUACACAGAAAUACCCAGGACACCUCAUAGGUGCAUUACUGAGACUGUGGGAAUUAUGCACAAUGGUACUUCAUGAAAAAUAAUUCAGGUUUUAAUUACUAUUCUUGCAGGAUGAUUAUCAAUAUGUUAGAAUUUGCGUGAUGGUUGACCGUUACUGCAAAUUAACCUCUACAGAAAUCUUGUUUGCUUUAUUGAAAAUAAUUUUUCCCAUGGUUAUAAACCACUGUGAAAUCCCUCACAUUGCUGUUUAAUCAAGUGUUUUGGGAAUACUGAUACAUCCUAUGUUUUUAAUGCUUUUGCAGUGGCUGCUCUAAAGGACUGUAAUAUAGCUAUGGAUCAUAUAGAUGUUUAGGUUGGCACAUCAGAUUCUCACUUGUUAAUAAACUUGUAGAAUAUUUAAAGUUUGUCAAAGUUGUGUUGGGUAUGGGCAAUUAGUAGAGAAGGUAGUCACGCUAAAGGAAGAAUGAUUAUGUUUCAUUGCAGGGAAGUAUAUUACAAUUGAAAGAAGAAACAUUCUUGUUCAAAUGAAAUACCCAGCAUUUCUCAGGAUAUUAAUGCAGAGAAUAAUCUUAGGAAAGAACCCUACUUUUCAGCAGGCUUAAUAGUGAGAAAGUGGCCUAUAUUCACAUUCAGUUACCUAAAAGACUUGUCAAGCGUAGAGACUAAUGCACAACAACGAUAUAUAAAAUUAAGAAUUGUGUAACUACUGAUCAACUCAUUCAGUUUAUAAAUAUUUUAAAAUUUUAUUUCGGAGUUUUUAAGUGCUUGUGAAAGUAGAAACUUGGAACACAGUUGUUUUUAUUCACUGGCCAAGACGCUUGCACCGGAAAUCAUCUUAAAAGAUCAUCUUACGUGACUGGAGAUGAGAAGGUAGCUUCCAUUACCAUUCUAGCACAGAGGCCUUUUUUUUGGGGGGGCAGGGGGAGUAUUCUCUAAUCUGCUGUCCUGGCUUUACUUUUUACGAUAAAUAGUGAUAUUACAUCACUGAGUUGGUCCAGUUCAUUUGGCUGCCUGAGAAUGACAAAUUGCUAGUGGAGAACAUUUAUUGGACAAUCCCCAUGAAACUGUGAACUUGCUGUUUUCAAAAUUGUGAUAGUUAUUUAAUCACUCAGUAGAUUUGUACAGGAGCGUGUACGGUUAUUUUGUUCACCAGGAGAUUGAACUAUCUUUUCCAAAUGUUGCCUUCACAUGGGAAAUAGAUCAUUUUCCAUCUUCCUUUUUAUGACUAAAACAAAUUUUGAAUUUGACCAUCUGUUCUUUAAUCAAAAGUUUGUAUUUUACGUGUUUGGAUCCAUUUGAAAACUCUGUUAAUGCUGCAUCAAUAAACCAAAUCCAUAAACUUAAUCAAGUGCAAACAAAGCCUACACCAGAGGUAAACCACUGCUAUUAAUAUACUCCUUCUAACAUUUUCAGUAGCAUAGGUGGCACUGUAAUCAUGGUCAAUGUGUUUUGUAAAAUUAAAAAUCUCACUUGCAUGGCAUUCUCUAUAAUAAAUGAACUUAAAAAUAAAUGCAAUGUGAUGUGAAAC